UUUAUCAAGUCAUGUGUAAAAGCAACCAUUACAUUUUCAAGUAACGAGGAUUCUGUCAUACUCCUGUCUAAAAAUCUUUAGUCAGGACUUCAUUUCAAUCUUUCUCCAGUGGCUAAGGAGAACAGAUAUGACAGAUAUGGAGGACAAAAAACAAGAAGAAGGCCAGACAGAACCAGUCUAUGGAGGAUGUGAAGGACCUAAUGCCAUGUAUGUGAAACUGAUUUCUAGUGAUGGGCAUGCCUUCAUCAUCAACAGAGAUUAUGCCUUGACGUCUGGUACUAUAAAAGCCAUGUUAAGUGGUCCAGGUCAGUUUUCUGAAAAUGAAACCAAUGAGGUCCACUUCAGGGAGAUUCCGUCCCAUGUCCUGGCCAAAGUAUGUAUGUACUUCAUGUAUAAAGUCCGCUACACAAACAGCAGCACAGAGAUCCCAGAGUUCCCCAUUGCACCAGAGAUCGCUCUGGAGCUUCUCAUGGCUGCCAACUUUCUGGAUUGUUAAAUAAUUUAAUUCAUCGAAAGCACUACUAGUUUGACAUUUUAUAAAUCUCCUAUGGAUUCAUCAUCUUCUACUCAUAAUGGUUGAUAUCUAAGGCAAGAAUUUGUCAAAACAAGAAUAUAUAGUGAACUUUAGUGAAAUCAUAACCUAUCUUCAAUGAAGCGUUUUGUUAUUUAUGUAUACAGUUAAGCUUUGAAGUAAGUUUAUAUGUGUGUGUUUUUUUAACAAAUUUAGAAAAAAAGAUUUCUUUUAUAACCUAGUGUAUUUCAUUAUCAUAGAAUUUUUCAUUUCCAAGUCAGUUUUCUAACUCAAAAGUCCAUUUUUGGUGAAAAUGAUUCUGAUUUAAUGAAGGUAUAAAAAAUAUUUCCUUUUUUCGUAUGAAAUAAUGGUAAAUUAUUGCUGUAUUAUUUCAUCAUUAAAUGAAUAACUGCCUCCUU